AUGAAGAAUUUUGGCCCAAUGGAGCACCCGUGGGGUCCCCUCCUAUACAGUGACGUGAAAUUUGUCCAUAACUCAGAGCAGCUGAAUGGGACCCAGCGGGUGCUGCUAGACAACGUGAUCUCGGAGAAGGAAUGCCGGGAAUUGCACCAGAUUGCAAUGUGUCCCGUGGCAUGGAGUGGUCAGCUGCAAUACUGCUAUUCAAGCUCUGCUCAUGACCUGAGUUUGAAAGUCAUUGCUCCCCUCAGCGCCUUGUCACCAUGGUGCUUCAGUUGUGUCAACAGCUACCAGCCUACCUGCUCUCAUCCCUCUCCCUUCCUUCUGUUUAAGGGCAUCAUCCUGGCUGGCGAUGGGUACAGAGGGAAGACCUCGCCCCACACCCCCAACGAACGCUUCGAAGGGGCCACCGUUCUAAAGGCUCUCAAGUUUGGAUACGAGGGACGUGUUCCUCUGAAGAGUGCCCGCCUCUUCUACGAUGUCAGCGAGAAAGCCCGCAAGAUAGUAGAGUCCUACUUUAUGCUGAAUUCCACCCUCUACUUCUCCUACACGCAUCUGGUGUGUCGAACUGCCCUGCCAGGCCAACAAGACAAGAGGAAUGACCUCAGCCAUCCCAUCCAUGCCGACAACUGCCUCUUGGACCCUGAAGCCAAUGAGUGCUGGAAAGAACCUCCAGCGUACACCUUCCGUGACUACAGCGCUCUUCUCUAUAUGAACAGCGAUUUUGAAGGGGGCGAAUUCAUCUUUACAGAAAUGGACGCCAAGACUGUGACAGCCUCCAUCAAACCAAAGUGCGGGCGAAUGAUCAGUUUUUCAUCAGGCGGAGAGAACCCUCACGGCGUGAAGGCGGUCACCAAGGGCCAGCGGUGUGCAGUCGCACUGUGGUUCACCCUUAAUCCGCUCUACCGGGAGUUGGAGCGGAUCCAAGCCGACGAAGUCAUGGCGACGUUAAACCAGGAGUACGUCGGACCCGGCGAACUCGGCAUCAACCCCAAGGACGAGCUAUGAGCCAGGCCCACGGACACGCGGCGGAAUAUAAAUCUAUAUAUUUAUUUAAUAUUUGUUUUUGAAAAAUCUUAUCAGAACCUUUUAUUUUUGUACAAAGCCUCGGUCUAAGUUCACGGACAGACUGACCAGGGAGGGAAAGGCGGAGGGAGUCCAAAGAAAUAAAGCCUUUCUCUUGCCUGGA